CUACACUUUAACAUCAUGGAUCGCUACAGGGCAUGGAGCGUGGAGUAUUUGCCAGAAGACCCUUCAACCAAGGUGACUUCAUCCUUAAGUAUAGAGGCGACCUUAUCUCUGACAUGGAAGCACAGAGGAGGAGAGAGGUAUACACACCUACUCAACACGUUUUCAUGUUCGCUGGAAAGUCUCUGUGUGUUGAUGGCGCCAAAGAAGAUGGGUCCCUUUGUCGGCUCGUUAACGACGACCACAAGAACUCAAAUAGUAGGAUGAGGCUAGUGGAGGUUGAUAAGAAGAGUCACAUUUGCCUCUGCGCUAUCCAGCCCAUAAGUAUAGGCGAAGAAAUUUCCUAUGAUUAUGGAGGAAAUGACUGGCCAUGGCGAAAGAAGCCAGCAGAGGUUCCGCCAAGAACCCAGCGUGACAGUGUGGUUUUGGACAUGGUUGCCGUUCCAUCUACGGAGUCUGCUCUCAACCCUCCUCCAGCUACUGUGGGAGGUGUUUCAUCUUGCUCAGAGCCCCGUGACAAGAAACCAGCAGAGGGUCCGCCAAGAACCUCGCCUGACAGUGCAUUCGUGGACACAGUCGCCGUUCUUAUGGAACAGCCUACGGUGUCUGCUCUCAACACUCCUCCAGCUACUGUGGGAGGCGUUUCAUCUUGCCCAGAGCCCCGUGACAAGAAAAGUGUGGACAAAAAGGUGGUAGAACAGACACAGACAAAAUGGAAGACAUUAGGACAGCACCGGUAGCGGACUAUUAAAACGCAAGAUGAGUCGGCAGUGGAUCGUUCUUCAGACGACUUGGAGUUGGAUGGCACAGUGGAUCAGUUGGGUGAUGAAUCAGAAUGGGAUUCCUUCAGCGUAGGAAAAAAAAGAAACCAAACAAACAGUAAUGUGCUUGUUCAGCAAAAGAA